UACGGGGUUUUGGUAGACCCCAGUCCCACUCCGGUUCAGCUUCGCAUUUCAUAGCAUCGGCGAACCCUACUCGCCGAUCUCUAUCUCACUCCCACAGAAUCUGAUUCGAACUCUCGCACUUCAAUUAUUCCAUGGACUCGGACUGGAAUCCAUCGCUCGAUUCAAAUUCUUCGAUGAAAUUCGACAGAGAUCGCCACGUUCGAUUCCUUGAGAUGAUGUACCAGCUGUUGCCGUCGGAAUACCAAGGCCAAGAGAUCAACCGCCUCACUCUCGCCUACUUCGUCAUCUCCGGCCUCCACAUGCUCGGCGCCGCCGAUCGCAUUGACAGGGAAGGGGCUAUAAAUUGGGUUUUAUCAUUGAAAGCUCAUGUGAAGAACGAGUCUGAUCUGAUUAAUGGACAAUUCUAUGGGUUCCAUGGUUCUAGAAGUUCUCAAUUUCAACUGGAUGAUAAUGCGGCUUGGAUUCCCAAUGGUAGUCACUUGGCAAGCACAUAUUGUGCACUUGCAAUAUUGAAGACUCUUGACUAUGACUUGACGCUUCUUGACUCUGAAUCAAUCUUGAAAUCAAUGAAAAAACUUCAACAGCCUGAUGGGAGUUUUAUGCCCAUCCAUACAGGGGCAGAGAGAGAUCUUAGAUUCAUAUUUUGUGCAGCUGCCAUCUGUUCUAUGUUGGAGAACUGGAGUGGCAUGGACAAGGAGAAAGCGAAGGAAUACAUAUUAAAUUGUCAGUCAUAUGAUGGUGGUUUUGGAAUGAUUCCUGGGUCAGAAUCUCAUGGUGGUGGAACUUACUGUGCUGUUGCAUCUCUUCGGUUGAUGGGAUUCAUCGAACAUGAUGUACUGUCUAAAGGUGCAUCCCCUUGCAUCAUUAAUGUGCCGCUGCUUCUGGAUUGGAGCCUGCAGAGGCAAGCAGUUGAUGGUGGAUUCCAAGGUAGAGCCAACAAGUCUAGUGAUACUUGUUAUGCCUUCUGGGUUGGGAGUGUUUUGAGGAUUUUGGGGGGCCACAAAUUCCUUGACGAGAAAGCUUUGCGCCAAUUUCUAUUAACUUGCCAGUCCAAGUAUGGAGGUUUCAGUAAAUUCCCGGGACAGCUGCCAGAUCUUUACCACACCUAUUACGGGUUUUCUGCAUUUAGUCUGCUACAAGAGCCUGGGCUAAACCCAAUCUGUGUUGAACUUGGAAUAACAGAUGGAUGCUAGCGGACUAUUAUUCCGACGCUGCCUGUACUUCUGUGCAGAUUAUUUUCUUCUGUUAACUGUCAUCUAAAUUUAGACCUCACAAAAUGUCAGAUGUUUGUAAGGGAUUUAAUAGAGCAUUUUUUGUUUAGUUUUUCUCUAUUUUUUCCGUUCUUGUGUAUUUGGAGUUAUGAACAAAUGUGAUCCAAACAGGUUUUGUACCUGUAACAUCAGAGGUACUAUUCAGAUUGUUCCCGUCA